CCCUCCUCGCAGCGGAGGAAGCGGCCGAGAAGCAGGAAGGCGGCCAGAGAAGGAUGCGCUAGCAGCUGCGCCGCAUCCCUCGCUUGGCGCGCAACCCCAGGAACAGCUCGCCGGAGGGAAGGGGCGCGCCGGGAAGGCGGAUUAACGCUGCUCUCCCAAAGCUGCGCUCCAGCAUGGCUUCGAGGAGGAAUAGCAGUGACCCAGCAGACAGGAGGAGGACAGAGAGAGACGGAUCAUCCCUGGAAGUUGCCUCAGAAGACCAGGUGGCACAGCAGACAGAAGAGGUCUUCCAGAGCUAUGUUUUCUACCGAUACCGGCAGGAGCAAGAGCAGACUGGGCGGGAUGUGCCAAUAGAUCCAGAAAUAGCUGUGAUAGAGCCGGAGCCUGACAGCAUCAACAACCAAGUGGGCAGGCGCCUGGCCAACAUAGGGGAUGACAUCAAUGCACGGUAUGACAGCGAGUUCUCUGAGAUGCUGAAGUCACUGAAGCCCUCCAGGGACAAUGCCUAUGAGUACUUCGUCAAAAUAGCCUCCAGUUUGUUUGAGAGCGGCAUCAACUGGGGUCGUGUGAUAGCACUGCUGGGCUUCGGCUACAGGAUGGCAAUCCAUGUGUACCAGCAGGGGUUGACCGGCUUCCUAAGCAGGAUCGCCCGCUACAUGGCUGACUUUGUGCUUAGAAACCGCAUUGCCCAGUGGAUUGCCCAGCAAGGAGGAUGGGCGGCAGCACUGGACUUGAGCAACGUUUACUGGAAGUACGUGGUGACAGUGGCCGCCGUGAUUUUGCUGGGCCACUUUGUGAUGCGGCGCUUCUUCAACCCGUGACAGGGAAGGAGAGUGUCACUGGCCAUUUGCAUCCCAGCCAUUGACUCGCUCCUGGGAGGCGACACUUGUCAAGGAGGAUUCAGGAAACAACCAGAGGAAGCCAGAUGGUUCUUUAUCACCUUCCAAUAUGGCACCAGAUUAUUAACCAUCCACAUGGAGAUUUCAAACACAAGAAAUCCGCAGCAUAGUAUUUAAAAAGGUGGAACUGAGUAUGGGAGAGGAUUUAGUGGAGUGAGAAAACAACAGGUUGAUUACAUUCACAGUGUUGCUAGAGGAAAAGCAAGGGAUGUUGUUUUCCUCCCUGAAAUCUCUUAAGAGGGACAAGUCCUUUUCCAGAACGUUCUCAGGGCCAGCAUACUCUCAGCUUUUGCAAUUCCAUUCCUAAAGAAAGCAGAAGGACAAGCAACAUGCACAGCACUGUUAUUUGCUCAGUACAGCUGUCAAUUCUUCCACUGCCUUGUGCUUUUCUAGUGCUGAAAUAAUCAUGUGGCUGAUUGGGAGAUCGUGUAUCAGCAUGAGUAGCACCUUCUAAGAUUUGUAGAUGUACACCUAGACAAAGCCUAUCCCAGAAGGGGUAGCCGGGUGAGACAAUGUCUAAAAUAUUUCAUUACAGUGGAACCUCGGUUUUCGAACAUAAUCCAUUCCGGAAGACCGUUUGACUUCCGAAACAUUCAAAAACCAAGGAGCAAUGGGCAGUCAGCAAAAUCUACUGAGAAAAUUGAAAAACACACAACGGAAGCUGUUGCGACUUCCAAGGCGCAUUCGAAAAUGGAAGCAAUUACUUCUGGGUUUUUGGCGUUUGAAAACCGAAAUGUUCGGCUUCCAAGACACUAGAAAACCAAGGUUCCACUGUAUAUGCAGACCUAUUUGUCAUCCACCAGAUUAUUUCCUUGAUCAGGCAUAGAGCUCAGUGCUCAUUAGUUGAUCACUCUCAUGUCCUCACUUACUUUUAACUUAGUUGCAGUGAUCCUUCUCUGUCAGUGGAGAGCGCCAGCCACUGCAGAAGUUAUGAAUACACUUCUUUUCAUGCAACAGAUAUCUCUUGGUUCCUUGCAUGCCAGCAUUAUUGCUGUCCACCUUGACCAGGUAGUCUGUAUAUGCAGUUUGGGAGAGGGGCAAAAAUUGUUGAAGGAAUUGGAGAAGGAAUUUUUUUUUGUUUGAUUCCAUUAUAAUUCUUUACCCCUUUGACAAUCACUAGCCCAAAGCUUCAAUUCCCUUUGAUGCAAAUGACGUCAAAAAGUCAACACAUGAAUUGGUACCCCUAAUGUAAGAUAGGGAUGGGGGACUUGUGGACCUCCAGGUGUUACUGGACACAAACUCCCAUCAGCCCCAUUCAGCAUGGGCAGUAAUCAGGGAUGAUGGGAGCUGUAAAAGGGCCACAGGUUCUCAAACUUUGCCCUAAUAAAUGCAAUCCGAUCAGAGUAAAUAUGCAGAAGAUCAGGCUGCAUUUCCUACAGGUUUUAGUGUGAAAGUUGAGCAUGUGCUUAUGUCUCCCACUGAAAUUGGUGGGAUUUGGAAGUGCAUGAUUAGAGCUGUCCUUGACUCCUAGUAAAUGUGCAGAGCUGGAACUCAGCAUUUGAAGGAGUUCUGGUUUUCAAAGUCCUUAGCUGCAAAGUCCUGCUUAGCUGUAAACACACACACACACACACACACACACACACACACCAUUAACCUGUCCACAUUGAUUACUUAACUCUUGUUUUGUAUAGCUUUUAAACUAGGAUAAAACUGCAUUGACUGCAGUGAAGCCAAGAUUUUGAGCACAAAAGGUUCCCUUUUCUUGCUUUGCAGUUCCUCCCUUUACAAAGCUAUAAGGCAAAAGCUUACUUUGUAGCGUCUUUCGUCUCUUUCUUGGUUACCAAGAGCUCUUAAGACAAAUACUUAGAAGCAAUGUAUGCAUUGUUUGUUUUUUUAAAAAAAGUCACACUGCCUAGAUUUCUUCUGAAUGUGCAUGCCAGCAAUAUUUGCUUUGUUUAAAAUGUUUGAUUUGGCAAACAAUAAUUUAACUUUGUCAUGGCCUUAAGAUAUGGCAUGGUUAUGUCUUGACGCAGGCUGAACUUCAUCCCUGUCCAAUGCACUCUUACUUCUUUGAAGUCCCAUUUUGUUUCCAGUGAACCUAUAGUCUGGCGACGAGCUGCACACAUCUCAUCAUUCCUUACCACUGGCUAUGCUAAAACUGGGAUUUGUCUGAGAACAAAUCAGUAGGCUUCUGCUGUGUGUGUUUGUUUAUCAUACUAAAGUGGGAAAAGAAUCUUUUUACUUACUCUCCAGAACAGCAGUUGUA